AUGCUUUCUGACGCAGUUUCUGCAGCAAUCGACUGGACCGGUCAAGGCAUUUCCUGGGUUAAACAGGAGUAUCCCGCUCUGACGGUAGCAGUCACCUCUGCUUGUGUUUUGGUUCUAUGGAGAAUAUGGCGAAAUUACUUCAACAACAUCCAAGAUCCGUUCGCUCUGUCCAUUGCUAAUUCUCUCAUCUACGUCAUCACUAAACCCCAAGAUGUCGCUGAGGCGUACCGCAACACCGACACUCUCUCCUUCAACGAGUUUGUGCAAGCCAUGAUGCGCGCCUGCGGGAACACCGAGUCGUGUGUCAAGACAAUGUACAAGCCUCUGCCCAAGGACAAGCCCGGGUUCCCCAAUCCGCAUGGCAAACCGCUGGCGACGCUGGCCCGCCAGAUGCACAUCCACCAAUUAUAUCCGGGGGAUAAUCUGGACUUCCUGGAGAAGCAGUUCUUGGACUGGGUGGAACCUCGGCUGACCCUGGACGCGCUCAGACGCGAAUGUCCCUAUGCGAUCCAGAGUGGUCCGCCAGCGGUGACGAAGGACGAUGGUAUCGUCCUGCCAUUGAUGCAGUGGUGCUCUGAUUAUUUCACCAGGGCCGGCCAGCGGGCGUAUUUUGGGCCGGCACUGGACGGGAUUGAUCCCAAGCUGCCGCAGACAUUCAUUGUUUUUGACGAGCUGAGCUGGCAGGUUCUGUAUCAGUAUCCCGAGUUUCUGGCGGGGAAGAUGAAAUCUGCACGGAAUGCAAUCCAGCGCGCGUUGAAGAAGUAUAUCCAACUGCCGCAGGAGUCGAGGCAGGGGGAUGCCUGGUUCACAAAGGCAAUGGAGAACGAGAUGCGUGCCCUGGGAAUCAGCGAGGAUGACAUUGCGACUAUGCUGGUGACAAUCUACUGGGGGAUUAACACCAACACGCGCAAAGCAGCGUUCUGGUUACUCACCUACAUCCUCCACUACGGUCCUGAGCACUACGUCGACAUCAUCCGGCAAGAGACGCUCCCGGCCUUUUUGCCUGACAAGUCCAUCCCCGACCUGAACUACCUACACGACAACUGCCCCCACCUGGACGCCAUGUGGAACGAAACGAUCCGUCUCUCCGCGUACUCUGCCUCCGUGCGCUUCGUUACGUCCGACACCAUUAUCGGCGGUAAGAUCCUGCGCAAGGGAAACCGGCUGAUGAUCCCCUACCGGCAACUGCACUUUGACGAGAGUAUUUUCGGCGUAGACUACCCCGUGGAGGAGUUCCGACACGAGCGGUUCAUGCAGAAGGGCCGCAAUCUGACCCGGAGCGACAACUGGCGACCGUUCGGGGGUGGGACGACGCAGUGUCCAGGUCGAUAUGUCGCCAAGCGGUUUGUGUUGCUGUUUGUUGCGAUGCUCUUGCGGCGGUUUGAUGUGGAGCUGGUGACGACGAGGAUCCCCGCGGCUGAGGAAGGGAAGCCUGUGCUGGGGAUUAUGUCAAUUAAGGAUGGAGAGGAUGUGCUGGUGAGAGUGAGACCGAGGUAA